AUGGGUGGAAGAUGGAUGAAAACCCUCUCUUCCCUUUUCAAUAACAACAACCACCGCCGCAUAUUAACACCAUCCAUAAAACCUCACUUUCCCUUUUUCAUCAACCGCUUCCUCACUGUCGCUGCAAUCCCUUACCCGGAUCCGAUUGAUUUCGAUCAUACUCGUGGAUUCGGUGCCCCGGAUGAUGAUCCCUCGGUUAAGAUUCCAAUCAAGGCCUUCUUCCUUUCCACCAGUAUAAAUUUGAAAGGCAUUCAGGCUGACAAUCCAAGAAACAUCGUACCUCCGUCUUCCCGCUCAGCGUUAAACUAUGUUGCUCUCCGCUUCUGCAACUUUAACUUGGAUGCUAAUGGACAUGGAUUUCAUGUGAAAGCAAGCAGCUGUCGUUAUAUGGUUGUCUACCAGUAUGGAUCUGCUGUUUUGUUUAAUAUUGACGAUCAUGAAGUGGACCUUUAUCUGCAACUAGUUAAGAGGCAUGCAUCUGGUUUACUUUCAGAGAUGGUGAAAGAUGAUUAUGCAAUAAGGGAGAAACCACAAUUAGUCGAGGAUAUGCAAGGUGGUCCAGACUACAUAGUUCUGAAAUCUUUGGACACUGAUGGCAUUCGUUUAAUUGGAAGUGUGCUGGGACAAAGCAUAGCUCUGGAUUAUUUUGUCUCACAGGUUGAUGGUUUAGUUGAAGAGUUUGCAGGCAUAAAUCGUGGAAUGGAAAAAACCGGAACUUUCACUAUGGAUAAGAAGAAACUACUUCAGCUUGUUGGGAAGGCUAACUCAAAUUUGGCUGAUGUGAUUCUUAAAGUUGGUCUCUUCGAAAGAUCAGAAAUUGCUUGGAGGGAUGCAAAGUAUGCUCAAAUAUACGAGUAUCUUAGGGAGGAGUACGAAGUAGCACAACGCUUUGGAAACCUAGAUUACAAAUUGAAAUUUGUUGAGCAUAAUAUUCAUUUUUUACAAGAAGUUCUCCAGAACAGGAAGUCAGAUUUCUUGGAAUGGUGUAUUAUCGGUCUAUUGACAAUUGAAAAUGUUAUAUCCAUAUACGAGAUUCUAAAAGAUUCAAAUGCAGUUUCGUAG